AUGGAUUCCUUUGCAAGCAGCGGUCGAAAGCAUGUCAACAGUCUCAGCGACCUGCGCAUGAUCUGGGACGAUGCGCACGACCUCAGAGCCAUCGAUAUGGGGGAUGCUAAGGUCCUUCUCGACCACACAGCUCGCCAAUCCCCUGCGGCUACCGAGCACGCAGCAUCGACCUUCUCGCGACCACGCUGCCAAUCAAUACGUGUCGAACACGUCUUCAUCACCACCGACGAUGUCAUGGCUGGCAGAGGUCCUCGGUUCGGCGUCCUGGAGAAUCGCAUCCUCAAUUCGGCACUCCAGCUGCAGAAUUCGAUCGAAACCGAGCUUCGCAACAGUCUCGGUCGCGGCCACGAGCCCGGGUUGGUCUGCAUCCAAGCCCGCACUUCCUUUCCUGGGCGGUCUGCAGUCCCGAACCAAAACGAGCCAGCGUGUCUCACGUUAUCACCGCUCGAGUACUGGAACUCGGACUCGCAGGCGAUCCUAGCCGACGAUACGCCUGCUCAAUCCGUAGCUCAAUCUUCGCUCAAUCAGACAAGGAUAGGCAUGCCCAUCUCUCCUUCUACAACACUUGCCGGACGAUGGCAUCUCUUCAAGCGUUUGCCUCGAGCCGAGUUCCUUGCUUUCACCUUCUUUCUGCGCAACGACGACCCUGAUUCGUGUUCCGAGCUGCGAUCGUCUCCGUCCAAAUCUACUCUCACCUCUUCGACUGGAGAGCACGCCAGCUGGCAUCAGCUGCUGACCCGAGUCACAGGAGGCCAGGUGCGUCUGAUCGCAUCAUCCGAAAACAUCUCCCACAGCCUCGUCCUUCAGUUCGCUCCCGAUCCGGCUUCGUCCCGACGCAAACCCACCCACCUCUUUCUCUUGACAGCCUACGCCUUCAUCAUCAUCUACAUCUCUCGCGGUCUCGUCAACCUGCGCAAGGUGCAUUCGCGCUUCGGUCUCGCAUUCACCGGCACGAUCCAACUGCUCAUCAGCAUGAUCACCAGUGUCAGCAUCUGCGCGCUCCUCGGCAUUCGACUCACUCUGGUCCCUUGGGAGCUGCUCCCUUUCGUCAUUGUCGUCGUCGGCUCCGAGAACAUGUACAGUCUCACCAAGGCCAUCGUCGACACGCCGCUUUCGCUCCCCGUCUCAUCGCGUAUCGCGCAUGGCUUGGGCAAGGUAGGACUUCCGAUCACCUUGACGACGCUCGCGGAUAUCGUGCUGCUGCUCGUCAUCGCCCUCUUCAUCGGCGUACGGGCCGUGCGCGAAUUUUGCAUCUUUGCCGUCUUUUCACUUGUCAUGGACUGGUUCUUGCAGAUGUCCUUCUUCGUCACCAUUCUCAGCAUCGAUAUGCAACGUCUCGAGCUCGCCGACCUUCUGACGCAGGGCACACGAAUCAGCAGGAAGCAGGACAGCCUUUCGCAAUCGCACGACCGACAUCUCAACGGACCUGGCAGCACCAACAAUGACGAUGCGGACAGGAAACCUCAUCCGGCUCGGCACCAACGCAACGGUGCUGAAGGCAGGUCCGGCAACAUCGUCAUCGCAGCGUUGUCCAAGGUGUGGAAUGCAAGGACCGCAAGGACUGCCAGCCUCACACUCAUCUUGGUCUACAUGGGCGGCUUGUACCUCUACUACGGCACCGGCUAUCCCAGCCACCAAAAGACCAGUUACGUCCUUCCAGAUGAUUGGGACACAAUUCGUCAGCCUCCGAGCACGGACAGCGCUUUCGAUCCGUAUGGCCAUCUUGACAACAAUGGGCACGCCGCGUUGCCGUGGUGGACCUCUUCGCCCAGCGCCGAUCUCUGGACGUCGCUCAACCCGCUGGGCGCGGAAGAGCUGCGGAUCGAUGUCAAGCCUUGGACCAUCCUCUCGCUCCGAUCUUCGACCGAAGGACAAACUCCUCCGUCUGUCGCAACCUUUGCGGGCUGGGCGUUGUUCCGGCCAAGGAUCAGGGCGGUCGUCUGGUUCGCCAAACUCGUCGUUCUUCCCAUCUCCGGAACCACGGCGCUGCUAUGGAUGCUGCUGCUAUACUUGCUCAAAGACACCGAGCUGCUGGACGCGCAGCGAGACAAGUCCGAGGCCGAUCCUUCCGACAGCUCGAACGGCUCAGCCGAUCCCGCCUCACACUCUUCAGUGACGUCGAGAACGACCGUCAUCGCCAGUGCUCACUCCUGCGAUAUCGAGUUCCUCGUCCACGAUGGAGGCCUGGCAGCUUCCAUUGACAAUGGCGGUGGAAUCCACGUUUGGAGACUCGACGGCGGCGGCGCAGCAAGCGAAGAUGCGAGGCGGACCAGCAGUGUCAGCAAGGCGCGGUCGAUGCUCCCGCUGGACCACAGCCCGGUUGCGGCGCUAACAAUGUCAGCCGAAGCAGGGUGGUUGGCCAUUGGUCACUCGUCGGGUCGAGUUCUGUUCUUAUCGACAAAGUCGCUAGAAGUAUUGUGGGAUCACCUCCCUGCUGACUCGGCUUCGCCGAUCGCAGCCUUGACUCUGCAGCAUCAAGAUUCCAUGCACAGCCUCGACUCUGCUGUGGCCCUCUCUGCGCACCGCGACGGCACCAUCCAUGCCUGGAAUGUGGCCCGCAAGGAGGUCAGGCUCGUACCUUCUCAGACCCAGCUCGAUUCUCGCUUACGUUGGCGGUCGUUAGAGGUCAGCGCGCCUCCGACCAGCCAUCCCGAGGGAAGCAGCAACAGCAUAAGCACAUCGGCAUCGUCACGGACUGUCUUGAUUGGCUUUACCACCACUGACGGUCAAUUCCACAUCAGAGCAGUGGAGACUGGUGGUGCCAGCGCCAAGACCGUCUUCACGCUCAGCAUGGAUGAUCGCGGUCAAGUCUGCUCGGCAAUGCUGUGUCGACUGUCUAGUCGACCGCCUCCGGCAGAUGAGGCACCUCUCCUCAGGAGCACCUUGAUCCUUGGCUUUGCCAACGGACGAGUGCGCUUGGUCGACUUCGAGACGGCCGAAGCCAUUAGCAGUGUUGACUUGGACGACGGCCCGGUCAUGAGCGUUUCCAGCAUCGACGCUGGCGAUGCCUACACCUCUGCAUUCGUCGCCCAGACCACAGGCCGCGCCUCCCUCCUUGUUGUCGCGAGUGGCUCACCAGUCGCGGGAGCUGCAAUGGAGAAAAGUGGCUCGAUCCACGGAGGCCUGAACGCUCCGUCCGCUGGCUCACCCAUCCGCAUCCGCACUCCAAACGGCUCUCGCACCAACGCAUCCAUCUUUUGGGGCGACUCUUCGACACCCCCGAGCCCUGCCAACGAGCUGGGCAAUCCGCUGGCUUACCCCAUGUCAUCGCAUGGAUCGGCUUCGAGGUUGCGUCGCGCAAGCGCCAACACGCGAGACCGAAGUGGGUCGCACACAGCGGUCGAGCCUGGUCCUCAGACACUGGCAGCUUCGUCGAGCCUCUCCGUGAUGCCCAACUUGCCUCCGCCCAGCAACGCCACGCAGAGAGCGGACGAUCGUCAGCUCAGGCUGCUCGGGUGGGUCCGAUGCCAGAGAGGUGGAACCUCGCCCGUCGGGCUUGGAAGCUUAGUUGUUGGUGUCGGUCGAGCGCAACGAAGCACAAGCUCGAGCCGAUGGGAAUGGUGGGUGUUGGAUCUGCGGGAGGAGCUGGUGCUAGGCCGUGGUGGAGAACUAAUCGUGCCGCGUCAGCCGCUGCUGCUUCGUACAGACGAGGCCGCUUCGACCCCAACACCGCCACGGGCGUCUCUGCAGCGAUCACGAACAGGCCGGCCCUCGCUGGAUGGGCCCCUUGACGAUGCACUGUCCUUCUCGCGCUUGCACCCCGUGCACGGUUUCGCGACAUCUCUACGUAAGGACAGCGCCCUGAUGUUUGGCUUCGGAGGCUCCAUCGGCGUCGUGCACGUCAAGGGCAAGCAGGCCUGA